AUGGCACAGGGGCGUCCUAGUCUCCCCGGACCACCGAUGUACGUGUUUGACUUGCCCCCUGGCUUAGCCUCGUCGCUGGUCUUGCGCACCGCCGAAGGCGAGCAAGAAGACCGGCCUACCUCGACAGAUCCAGCGGCACCGGCUGAUACGGCCCCCGCCAAACCUACGCAGGGUGCGCCACCAUGUACACUGUGUCCUGGAUGUGAACCGUUCGCGAGCGUUCGGGCGCAGCGUUCGCAUUUCCAGAGUCUAUGGCAUCGGUACAACCUUGUCCUAAAGCAGUAUGGCGCGCGUGAUACGGCGUCGACACCGGCGCUUGUCACUCGCGACAUGCUAGACGAGCAACUCGCCUCUCUUCAUACUGGCUCCGAUGACGAGAGCGACGACGGCGCCACACAGGACGAUCUCUCUGCGCUCGUGGGACGACUGACACUCACAACGCCCGCGGACGAGGGUGAAGCGCAUGCAGCACGUUCCGUCGCUGCGCUACCCGACGCACUUCGGUCGCCGCUCCUGUGGUACGAGACACGACCUGGCUCGCCCAUGCACGUCGAGCAGACGCAGCUGGGCUUGUACCGUGACGUGUUGCUGGCGUCGAGUGGCGAGACGCAGCCUUCGUCGUUCCUCGCUUCCCUUACUACGCCACGUAUCACUAUUCGUCCUGGCACACAGGGCUGGUCAGGUAAGCAUUUACAAGGGACGCACCAGGUAGGUCGCGCCAUGCAAAUGCAUGUGCUGGACGGCCAGGGUCUCGUGCCCUGGCUGCAUCCCAGUGACUUGGCCGGCGUCAGCAGCAGCGAUGUGAGUGACACCUCCAGCGGCGACGACGACGACGAAGCCACGCUGUCGGAGAACAGCGCGGCCUCGGACGCAGAGAGUCUUCCUGCGUCGAUCCCUCUUCCGCCUCUUCGUCUCUGGACGUUUGUCAUGAUGGGCGGCGGCCAUUUUGCCAUCGCGACCAUGGCCCUCAAUUUGCAUGUCCCACCCUUAUCCGCACGUGCUGAAGCACGCGGAGCAAAAGCGCCUCGCUCCAUUGUCGUCUUGGCCCACAAGACCUUCCAUCGAUACACUACGCGACGGAAGCAAGGUGGCUCGCAGUCCGCGCAAGACGCCGCGGGCAAGCAUGCCAAGAGUGCAGGUGCGAAUUUGCGUCGGUACGGCGAGCAGCAGCUACGCACAGAUAUCCAUACACUAUUGCAGCGGCGUGGCUGGCGAACGUUGAUUGAACGCUCAGAGCAUGUAUGGGUCCGCACUUCCAUGCGGGCCGCCAACGGUGUGCUAUGGCACUGGACUGGCCAUGAAACGAGUCCGUUGGACGCCAAGCAAGCGCAAGGCACACUUUCUCAUAUCCCGAUCGCUACGCAGCGUCCUACGCUCUCAGAAAUUGUGCGGUGCUUCCUGGAGCUCACGCGUGUCAAAGUGGCCCACCUUACGCCGGAAGAACUCGCGGCGCAAGACGACGCGGCGCAUCAGGCGUCGGUCACGGCAGCGCUGCGUGCGAAUGCGGCGAAACACACGCCUACGCCACCCCCGCCACGCCCGAAAAAGAUGCAAAAAGAUGUGCAAGAGCAGCGUGAGCGUGAGCGAUGGAUUCGUAUGAUUUCCAUGGUGCGGAAAGGCAAGAUUGGCCCGCUUGAGCAUUUCCUUGAGCGGCAUGCCUCGCUGCUUUCCUCCGUGAACUCCAAGCCGGCCGCGUACGCAGAUGCCACAGGGAUUGACACACCGUUGCCGGCGUGGUGGCGGCAGGCCGAAGCCAAGUCCACCGGGCAAGUGCCUACUACGCUUUUGCAGGCCGCUGCCGCUGCGGAUCAGGCGGAUAUGGUGCAGUACUUGCUCACAGAGCGCCACGCAGAUCCUACGUUGCCUGUGCUCAAAGACGAGGGCAGUACGGCACAUCGAACAGCGUAUGAUCUUUGCAAUGCCAAGGCUACGCGUGCUGUCUUUCGUCGGGUGAUGGCCGAGCAGCCGACGUGGUGGAAGUGGGAUGAGAUGGGACCGGGUGGUGCGCGUGUGCCCUCGGCUCUUACGGCAGAUAUGGAGGAAGCACAAGCGUCGAAAGCACGCUCUCGUCGUGCGGCGAUGCGCGAAAAGUUGCGGGAGCGCGACGCCAAGCUGGAAGAGAAGGCACAGGCGGAAGCGGCUGCCGCCGCUGCCGCAGCGACAUCCGCCUCGACGCCCGCCUCGACCACCCAUGGCCCACGGCGACUGGGCGAUCAGGGCAUGGCCACCAUGUCCGAGGCCGGUCUGUCGGACGAGAUGCGACGUCGCAUUGAGCGUGAAAAACGGGCUCGUGCCGCCGAGGCGCGGAUGCUACGUAAAUAA